AUGGCUAUGUUAAAUUCAGAUAAUAUAAGGAAAGUGUUAUCGCAUACUUUGGAACCUGUUUCCAUUCCAUCGAUUUCAUAUAAUUCGCUGUAUUUACAAUCUUCAGUUUUGUUAUCUAGUUCAAAUGGAGGUGUGUUAUCAUUUGCUACAUUGUUGGAUAGUACCAAUGGUAAUGGAGAUCCACAUGCAUUGAAUAAUUUGAAGAUGAUGGGGCUAUUGAUCAGGGACAAGUGGUCAGAAGAUGAGACAGCACCUGAGGAACAAAAUACAAAUAGUUGUUAUAUAUAUACGAUCCCUAAGGAAUCUGAUCAAGAUGUUGAUGAAUCUCAAUCAACUCGGAUAUACACUUAUGAAAUUGAAGAACUACAUGCAUGUGUGGCUCAAAUACCUAAAAGUGAUUUAUUGUUAUUGUUCAUUGCUGAUAAACAGUAUCCAUAUGGUUUGUUGGUUAUGAAAAUGAAGAAUAUUUUAUUAUCUUUAAAAUCAUUAUAUGGUUAUACUUUGGAGAAAUAA